AUGGCCGAAGGCCCAGAAGCUGUGCUGCAGUUCCCCGCGGCUCUGGCUGCUGGGGGCGAGAGUCUUUAGGAGCUCUCCCCGGAAACAGCCACCCCAGAGCCCCCGUCUUCAGCUGCAGUUUCGCCCGGUAAGGGGGAUCCUCCCGGAGACACCAAGAAAAAAAUUUAUUUAUGUUGCCCCUUCCCCAGAUCAAGAAGUUGGGACUCUAUAUGA